UCAUCCGCGCCCCCAUCCAUUAGUGGCUAGUUUCACAUCAACAAUGAGUGUCUUCGCUGUUUCCAGUGUAAACUACGUUAGAGCUUUAGCCAAUAAUCUAAAAAUCUUUUGCGUCUAAUUUGCCAUUAAAGCCCCAUAAAACAUCAGAGGUAGAACACUGAAUUUUCGACUGGACCGUAACAAACUGCAGAAUUAAACAGCACCUGGAAAGUGCACAGUGGGCGUGUCUGCGAUGGCUGGUGGAAGGAGAGGUGCAAACCGGACCACGUACUGCAGACCUCCACUGAGCAGCGAGCCAGGCUCAAUGACCAAUGGAAACCAUUCAACCAGCUCCCCAGUCACGGGGGUACGAUCUCGCACCAGGAAUGGGUCAGGCACCUGUAUGUCCAGUCCUCCUCUAGCAGCGCAGACAGUGGUGCCGGUAAAGCACUGUAAAAUCCCAGAGCUAUCUGUGGACCGUAAUGUGCUAUUUGAGCUUCACCUUUUCUUCUGUCACCUGAUUGCUCUGUUUGUCCACUAUGUCAACAUCUAUAAGACAGUGUGGUGGUAUCCUCCAUCACACCCUCCCUCACACACUUCGUUGAACUUUCACCUGAUUGACUAUAAUAUGCUGGUUUUUAUAAUUAUCAUCCUAGCUCGGAGGCUGAUAGCAGCAAUCGUUAAAGAGGCAUCACAAAGUGGGAAACUAUCCUUUCCACAUUCUAUUUUUUUAGUGAUGGCAAGGUUUGCUGUGCUAACCCUGACUGGCUGGAGUCUAUGCCGCUCACUCAUAUACCUCUUUCGGACGUAUUCAGUGCUCAGCCUGCUCUUCCUGUGUUACCCAUUUGGAAUGUAUAUCCCCUUCUUCCGGCUGAAUUGUGACUUCCGGCGAGUAGGUCCCCUCUCUCCUAUCGCCAGUAUUGGUUCAAAGGAGGUGGGUGGUUUGGGCCGUGGUAAAGACUACUUUACUGUGCUGAAGGAGACGUGGAAGCAGCACACCAGCCAGUUGUAUAGUGUCCAGGCGAUGCCCACUCACGCCUGCUGCCUCUCCCCUGACCUCAUCCGAAAAGAGGUGGAGUACCUUAAGAUGGACUUCAAUUACAGGAUGAAGGAGGUUCUGGUCAGCUCUAUGCUCAGUGCUUACUAUAUUGCCUUUGUGCCAGUGUGGUUUGUCAAAAGUACACAAUAUGUAGACAAACGCUGGUCCUGUGAACUCUUUAUCCUGGUGUCCAUCAGUACUUCAGUCAUCCUCAUGAGACACUUGUUACCUCCACGCUACUGUGACUUGCUUCAUAAAGCCGCAGCUCAUUUAGGCUGCUGGCAAAAGGUGGACCCAUCCCUGUGCUCCAAUGUCCUACAACACAUAUGGACUGAAGAAUACAUGUGGCCACAAGGUGUUCUGGUCAAACAUAAUAAAAAUGUCUACAAAGCAAUGGGACAUUAUAAUGUUGCAGUACCAUCAGAUGUGUCCCAUUAUCGCUUUUAUUUCUUCUUCAACAAGCCUUUACGAAUACUGAACAUACUCAUUAUAUUGGAAGGUGCCAUGAUUUUCUACCAGCUCUACUCAUUGAUAUGUUCAGAAAAAUGGCAUCAAACUAUAUCACUAGCUUUGAUUCUCUUCAGCAACUACUAUGCUUUCUUUAAACUUUUAAGAGACAGGAUUGUGUUAGGAAAGGCAUAUGCAUAUUCCAACAGCUCAUCAGACCAGAAAAUCAGUUAGACCCAAGUUAUUGUUUAUGACUUUUGCUUUGGAACAAAACAAAUAUACAGAGGGGCUCUGUUUUUGUACAGCUGCAUUUACAUGUUUUUGUUCUCAUCUGCCAUAAUAAAAUAGAUAUUUUUGUAUUA